GUAAGAGAGCGAGAGAGAGAGAGAGAGGUAGAGCUCUCUCAGUGGCAAUGGCGAUGAGAGCCCUAAGCUUCGUCGCCCCUUCCUCACCCCCUCCCUCUCCUCUCCUACGCUCGAAUCCCCCGCGCUCCCUCUCCCUCUUCUCCCCCAAAAGCGCGCCGCCCCGACUCCGCCGGAGCUCGCGACAUCAUGGAUCCUCCGGUGGUUCUAGAAUGUCGCUGGCUGAGCUUGAGCCUUCUCUUGUGGUAAAGAAGAAGGCAACCGAGAUCUCCUCUGACUUGAAGGGGACAUCCAUAUUUCUUGUUGGGAUGAACUGCGCCAUGAAAACCGGUGUGGGCAAGCUUCUGGCCGAUGCAUUGAGAUAUUACUACUUUGACAGUGAUAGUUUGGUGGAGCAAGCUUGUGGCGGCGAGUCUUCUGCUAAGUUAUUGCGAGAAUCAGAUGAAAAUGGUUUUCGUGACUCUGAGACUGAAGUGCUAAAGCAAUUGUCAUCAAUGGGUCGUUUGCUGGUUUGCGCUGGGGAUGGUGCUGUCGAGAGCUCAACUAAUCUGGCUCUGUUGAGAUAUGGCAUCUUGAUUUGGAUAGAUGUUCCUAUAGAAUUAUUAGCAAACGAGGCAGUGAAUGCUGGGGCUUCAUCACCUUCAGAGACUACACUAGACACUUCGAAUUCUGAUUCCUUUUUGAAGGUAUUGGAUGAACUUUCACAGAGGUACAUUGAAUUGAAAGAAGGAUACGGAACGGCUGAUGCAACUGUCUCGCUCCAAAAAAUAGCCACUAAACAAGGCUAUGAAGACUUAGACUCUGUCACCACAGAGGACAUGGCAUUGGAGACCUUGAAAGAGAUUGAGAGACUGACCAGACUGAAGAAGAUGAUGGAAGCUGCUGCGAGACCGUUUUGAGGGACAACUGCUCAAAUUAUAUCAUAGUUUGGGUUUUGGGUUUAUUGUGAGCUAAGAAAAGCUUCUUCAAAAAGUAAGUUCUCACUGUCGGAGGUUUACAAGGAUAUACUUUCGGUGAAUUUGCUGAAGUGCUUUUCAGUUUAGUUUAUAGUCUGCUUUACACUUAAAUCUCUGUACAAAUUAUCCAUCAGCUGCUAAUAAAUCCGAAACCUGUUGAGGAAUUGUGGAUAGUUAUAACAGGCCAGCUUAAAAGAUGAUAGAAGAUGUGAAAAAUUCCAUGGACUUCGAUUCUGCUUCUUAAAAAACGAUGCAUGGUACCAGUUUUAAGCAAAUUGUGACUUUUGCAUGUGUGUUUGCUUCCCUUUUUUCAGUUGAGAAACAUGUAGCUGAUAACAGUAAGGUCCAUGAUGCAACUGUAAUUGAAUAAGUGUUUCUGAUUUUGUUUCUGUUCAAGCCAUCUAAUAAAAAUGAAGCUAUGACAGGUGAUAACAAUUUUUUUA